CUCCUAGAAAUAUUAUUAAUAAUUCACUGCACGGAGACAUGUCUCAACUUAUUCAAAAUUUUAAUAAUAUGAAUACAGAAGAAAUAGAUACUACAAUAUCAUCAGAGAAUAAUUUUGAUAUUAUGGUUAAUGAAAUAGUUCUUCUUUUUGAAAAUACAGAUAUGGAAAGGAGAAAACAUGAAAUUGUUAAUUAUCUUAAUAAUUAUAAUAUAACUUCACAAGAAAUUUAUAAUUGGUUAUUGAAUAAUCAGAAUAAUUCAAAUUCUGUUUUUUUACUUGGAAUAUUUAAUCAUCUUGGAAUUGAAAUUAAUGUUGAUGAACAAAAAGCAUUUAAAUUAUAUCAAAUAGCAGCAAAUUCAGAAAAUGCACCUGGAAUAGUUAGUUUAGGAUAUUGUUAUGAAAAUGGAAUAGGGACCAAUAUUGAUAAACAAAAAGCAUUUGAAUUAUAUCAAAAAGCUGCAAAUUUAGAAAAUACACGUGGAAUAACUAAUUUAGGAUAUUGUUAUGAAAAUGGAAUAGGGACCAACAUUGAUAAACAAAAAGCAUUUGAAUUAUUUCAAAAAGCUGCAAAUUUAGAAAAUACACAAAAUGCACGUGGAAUAACUAAUUUAGGAACUUGUUAUGAAUAUGGAAUAGGGACCAAUAUUGAUAAACGAAAAGCAUUUGAAUUAUAUCAAAAAGCUGCAAAUUUAGAAAAUAUACGUGGAAUAAUUAAUUUGGGAACUUGUUAUUAUCAUGGAAUUGGAACCAAUAUUGAUAAACAAAAGGCAUUUGAACUAUAUAAAAAGGCUGCAAAUUUAGGAAAUCGUGUAGCUCAAUAUAAUCUUGCUAUUAUGUAUGAAUAUGAAGAUGGAAUUAAAAAGGACAUAAAUCAAGCAAUUUAUUGGUAUACAAAAUCUGCUGAACAAGGAUAUCAAAAAGCUCAAAAUCAAUUAAAUAAAUUAAUCAAUAAAAAGGAUUUAUUAUAA